GUCGGGAAUGAUGGUUAGGCCUCUGACGGCGGAGGGGAGGAUGGCGCAGGCGGCUCGUACUAGAGGCCAGGCUAGGGCCGGUGCCAGCCAGGAGCCUCCACGACAAGAGCCAGAGCCGGAAAGAAGGAAGGAAGUCGUGGAGUUGGAGGACGACGAUGAAGAAAACGAGAAGGACGAGAGGUUGCGCCAGGAGGAGGAUCAGAAAGCGGAGCAAAGAGCCAGGAACAGAGGAGCCCAGGAGGACACCGAGCCAAUUAUGCGUGAUGUGGCGCCGAGGAAGAAGAAGUAUGCGGUUCGACUGGAGGAGGGGUUCGAUGUUGAGAAGGUGAUUGACAGGUUGUUGGAAGGUCAUAAUGACCUUAUGACCCUUAAAGAGAUUCUAGCGUCGGCCCCCAAGCUCCGCGAUGGACUGAAGAGGAGGUUGUCGCGGCGUUUCGUGCCCAGUGUCUAUUUGAGUGUGAUUUUGCCGAAGGAAGCAGAAUAGGCCGAGACAGGGACAAAGAUGGAUUGGAAAUGUGUGGCCUGUGGCAUGGUGGAUCUGGUAGCGAAGGGCUCAAAG